AUGGCUAGAGGAUUGAAGAAACACUUGAAGAGACUGAAUGCUCCAAAACAUUGGAUGCUUGACAAACUUGGUGGAGCUUUUGCACCAAAGCCAUCAUCUGGACCCCACAAGUCAAGGGAGUGCUUGCCUUUGAUUCUCAUCCUGAGAAACAGACUAAAAUAUGCUCUAACGUACAGAGAAGUUAUUGCCAUUUUGAUGCAGCGCCAUGUUCUUGUUGAUAGCAAGGUUAGGACAAACAAGACAUAUCCUGCUGGUUUCAUGGAUGUUGUUUCUAUUCCCAAAACAAAUGAAAAUUUCCGUCUUUUGUAUGACACCAAGGGCCGUUUCCGUCUCCACUCUGUGAGAGACGAUGAAGCAAAGUUUAAGCUCUGCAAGGUUCGAUCUGUUCAAUUCGGACAGAAGGGUAUUCCCUAUCUUAACACCUAUGACGGUCGUACCAUCCGCUAUCCGGAUCCACUAAUUAAGGCCAAUGACACCAUCAAACUUGACCUUGAAAACAAUAAGAUCACUGAUUUUAUCAAGUUUGAUAUGGGGAAUGUUGUCAUGGUUACCGGAGGAAGAAAUAGAGGCCGAGUUGGUGUCAUCAAGAACAGAGAAAUGCCACCAAAAGGAGAGAAGAAGCCCGCGGAGAAGAAACCCGCAGAGGAGAAGAAGUCCACAGUAGCCGAGAAAUCUCCGACAGAGAAGAAACCAAAGGCCGGUAAGAAGCUCUCCAAGGACGGUGGUGCCGCGGCCGGGGACAAGAAGAAGAAGAGAAACAAGAAGAGUGUGGAGACAUACAAGAUCUACAUCUACAAAGUUCUGAAGCAGGUUCCCCCAGACAUUGGUAUCUCAAGCAAGGCCAUGGGAAUCAUGAACAGUUUCAUCAACGACAUCUUCGAGAAGCUUGCUGCUGAAUCUUCCAGACUUGCGAGGUACAACAAGAAGCCGACGAUAACUUCCAGGGAAAUUCAGACUGCGGUGAGGCUUGUUCUUCCUGGAGAGUUGGCUAAGCAUGCUGUGUCUGAGGGUACUAAAGCUGUGACCAAGUUCACAAGCCGUUAG